CUUGCACCACAGGCAGGAAGAGAUGGCAGCGGGAGAGACUCAACUCUAUGCUAAGGUCUCCAACAAGCUCAAGGGCCGCAGCACCCCCUCGCUCCUGGACCCCCUCCUGGCCAUGGGCGUCCCAGCACACACCGCGUGAGUACUGUGGCUGCGGAACCCGGGAGCCCUGCUCUGGGCUGAGCCAACCCUCCUGCAGCCCCUGACACAGCCCUGGAGGGGCUUGUGGCACUGGCUUCCUGCUGAAGUGGCCGCCCUGCAGCGCAGGUGGUGUCUCAAGAGAAGGUCGUUCUCUGCUUUCUCUACACGAGAUGAUCUUGACCUUGAAAGACCAACGCUGCUGGCCGGCUCCUGGGGGACCCUGAAGUGUGUGCACAUUAGAAGCCAUGGGUUGCUAUGGCUGCCCCCAUUUCUGGGGGUUUGGAGGAUCUUGGGUCCUCUGUGAGCCUCUAAUGCCAGGACCUGCUGAGAACCAUCAGAGAGUUUCCAAACUGCACAGGGAAACCAUCCGUCCUCCAGGGAACAUCUCCUGGAUGUCAGUAAUGAAACCGAAUGGCUAAGAAAUCACGGAAACAGCACCAGUGCUGCCCUGUUACCCAGGGAAGGGGUUCACACGUGGAUACUCGAACCCUGGAGUCACCCUACUCAGAGGAAAGAAGUGAUGCUGAUAGUGCUGCAGCUCUCAUAGCUGACCCGUGUCUCCCCUCUGGUCCUCUCCAGAUUCUUAUUCACAGGGAGAAAUUGAUCAGAAAUAUUCUAAGGCUAAAAGCAUUGGCGGCCACUGGGAGGAGGACAGCAGAGGAGGCGGCCGAGUGGCUUCGCUGUCACGGCAACGACCCUUCCCUCGACGACCCCAUCCCCCAGGAGUACGCCCUCUUCCUCUGUCCUACGGGGCCCCUGCUGGAGAGGCUACAGGAGUUCUGGAGGGAGAGCAGGCGUCAGUGUGCCAAGAACCGGGCCCACGAGGUCUUCCCCCACGUGACGCUCUGCGACUUCUUCACGUGCGAAGACCAGAAGGUGGAGUGUCUGUACGAAGCUCUGAAGAGAGCCGGGGACAGGACCCUGAGGUCCUUCCCCACCUGGGUCCCGCUGGCUCUCCACUCGUCCAUCAGCUACCUGGGCUUCUUCAUCAACGACGGCCCCGCAGACGUCAUCCGGGAAUUUGCCAUGGCGUUUGCCACGGAAGCAUCCGUCUUGGCAGACUGCUCCGUGAAGGCUUGUACCAAGCAGCUGCAUCUGACCCUGGCCCACAAGUUCUACCCCCACCACCAGAGGACGCUGGAGGAGCUGGCUAGAGCCAUCCCCCCCAGCCACAGCUGUCAGUGGACGGCAGCCCUGUACUCCCGGGACAUGCGCUUUGUGCACUACCAGACCCUGAAGGUCCUGUUCCAGUACAAGCCCCAGAACGUGGACGAGCUGAUGCUCAGUCCUGGCGACUACAUCUUUGUGGACCCCACUCAGCAGGAGGAAGCCAGCGAGGGUUGGGCCAUCGGGACCUCCCAGCGGACGGGCUGCCGGGGCUUCCUGCCAGAGAACUACACGGAAAGAGCCUGCGAGUCUGACACUUGGGUCAAACAUAGGACGUACACCUUUAGUCUGGCCAUGGACGGGAACUCCAGGAAUGACGGGGACGCCAACGGCAGACUAAGUGGGGACUUCCACUCCUCUCCAGCGCCGAGGGGUGUCAGCAGUGCGCUGGCUCUGCAGGCCAUGAUCUCCAGGAGGAGUGUGCUGGUGGUGCGGCACGGGGAGAGAGUGGACCAGAUCUUCGGGAAGUCGUGGCUGCAGCAGUGUACCACUGCAGACGGAAAAUACCACAGGCCUGACCUGAACUUCCCUCGAAGUCUGCCUCGACGGAGCAGUGGCAUCAAAGACUUUGAAAACGACCCUCCGUUGUCAUCCUGUGGAAUUUUCCAAUCCAGACUAGCAGGAGGCGCGCUGAUGGACAGUGGCGUCAGACUCACCGCCGUCUUCACCUCCCCAGCCCUCCGCUGUGUGCAGACAGCCAAACACAUCCUGGAAGAACUCAAACUGGAGAAAAAAAUGAAGAUAAGAGUGGAGCCCGGGAUCUUCGAGUGGAUGAAAUGGGAGGCCAGCAAGAGCACCCCGGCCUUCAUGACCCGGCAAGAGCUGAAGGAGGCGAGCUUCAACGUCGACCCCGACUACAGGCCUGCCUUUCCCCUCUGCUCCCUCCUGCCUGCUGAGAGCUACGAGGAGUACGUCAACAGGUGUGCGGUGAGCGUGCACCAGAUCCUCAGCGCCUGCCCCCAGGACGCGGGCAUCAUUCUAAUUGUGAGCCAUGGCUCUGCGCUGGACUCCUGCACCCGGCCCCUCCUGGGGCUGCCACCCCGAGACUGUGGGGACUUCGCCCAGCUGGUGAGGAAGAUCCCCUCCCUGGGAAUGUGCUUCUGUGAAGAGAAUAAAGCGGAGGGAAAGUGGGAGCUGGCCACCCCGCCCGUGAAGACGCUGACGCACGGGGCCAACUCGGCCUUCGACUGGAGGAACUGGAUCCCGGGCCCCGGAGCCCAGUGAGGCGGUCCACCAGGAAGGGGCCUGCGGGCUGCAGACUGUGUGAUCCUGCCACCACAAAGGUGCCUGAGCCUCGCCGGAGGUGACUCGCGAAGCACAACAUGCACUUUUAUAUUCCAGAAUUCUCGCCGCUUGCUUUCACCUUGCCACAGCCAUCCUCCAUCAGGGCACAGAGCAGCCAGCCAGGUUAGGAUGUCACACUACAGCGCACAUACCCAGACCUGCUACAGGGACGUCAGAGCUGCUGGGGUGGAGGGAGGGGGACCAGGCAUCCCAUGUCCAGAAAUCACAGGCCACACACAGGCACACACACACACACGCUCAAGCACACGCACGCACAUGCACGCACACACACACGCAUGCAGGCACACAUGCACACACAUACGCACACACACACGCACAUGCACACUUUAUCUUAGGUGCUCUUCGAGGUCAAGCUCCCACCAUUUUCCUUCAUCUAGUCCCACCACUGUCCAUGUGCACUCCAGCUAAAGAGGUCUAAGUGUCAAUCAAGCAGGGAAUUGUCCACCUGGUCAAGGUGGGGACUGACCCUGGGUGCCAGCACCUUCCCUGUCAGUUUUCUGUGGCCGCUGCAACAAAUGACCCCGACACAGCAGUGGCUGGAAGCAACACCGACUUUUACCACACACUUAUUCUCUUACAGUUCUGGAGGUCAGAACUUCUAGAAAGGGUUGGUACCUGCGCUCCCUCGGGGGACUCAGGCGGGUCACAUCUCCUGCCUCCUCCAGCGACUGGAGGUGCCUGCACAUCCUGGCACAGGGGCCUCCUCCAUCUCCAAGGCCAGCAGCACAGCACCCCCCAAUCUCUGCCACCUGGCCUCUGCCUCUGCACCUCCUCCUCCCUCUCACAGGGACCCUGUGAUGGCCCUGAGCCCUCCUAACAAUCCUGGGCUCGCUCUCAUCUCAAGGUCUUUAACCCCACGUUUUACCAUGGAAGGCCACCUGCUCACAGUCCCAGGAAUUAGGAUGUGUGCAUCUCCGGGGUCUCCACCUGCCAGGCCCUGUCCUUCAGAGCACAUCAGGCUGCUAUACGAGGGCCUCAAGUGAGGAGUCGAGGCCCCUCUUCCUGCGUUUCCCGUUUCUCUCGCUCUGAUCAUGUGCAGAGAGGGUGGGGCUUUGCAGAGCAGGAGAGCAGGUUCUUUCUCUUGCGGAAUCAAGAGGAGGGCCCCAGCAGAGGGAAGCCUUCUCCGUGGUGGCAUGAGCCCUACGGUGGCUUUGCCUUUGAAGAAGAUGGUCAUCAGAGGAUGGGGUGUCCCCAUCAGUGUCCUCCCACUCCCACACCUGUCCCCACAGCCCAUGCACAGUGUCCCUAAACUGCAGACAACACUCCCACCGUGAUGACGUCAAAAUCAAAUUUGCUCUUCCCCAGAGGCCCUUUCAUGGCUGCUGGGUGAUCUGCUCCGGCCCUUUACAGAAUGAACAGCCGCGUGGGAAGUGCCCGUGUGCCCCUUCCACCUUCCCCUGCAUCGCCCAGGCAAGCCAGGAGCGAAUAAUACAGGGCACUUGGUAAAUACAGAUGGCAAAUGCCCCCGCAGUCGGAGCCCCACACCCUGCUCGGGGCCUCGCUGUUCCGUCAGGCGCUCUGCUGAGGGAACCCGA